GACACGGCGGGAAGAGAGAAGAUGGCCGCCGCCACUCGAUGGUAGGAGCGGCUUAAUUUUGAGACCGAUGACUGAGCAGAUUCACGUGGUCUCGGACAACUAAUCAAAUGUAUUGUUUUCUGAACGGCGAUGAGAGGGUGAUUUUGUUCGAGUGCGCCCGCUCCGGAAUCUGACGGAAAAAGACGAAGAGCAGAAAGAACCGAGAGAAGAGAAAAGCGAAAAAUAGAGUGAAAUGUGAGAUAGCUGAGCCUCAUGGGAAGAUGAUGAAGAUGUGACUGGUUUAUGACAAACUCGCGGGUUACCAUGGUGACAAAUAGCAUGCCCAAGUGGGUCCACCGGGACCCUAGCGAUGGUCUGGUACAUGUGAACGUGGGGGGUCUAAAGAGCAGCCUCUGUUCCAGCACACUGAAGAAAUUCCCGGACACCCGACUGGGAAAACUGCUGUCAUGUGACUCAGAGGAGGAUAUACUACAGGUGUGUGACGACUACGACGUUCAGCGGAAUGAAUUUUAUUUUGACAGGAACCCUGGUCUUUUUCCGUACGUCCUUCACUUCUACGAGACAGGAAAACUCCACAUCAUGGAGGAGCUGUGUGUCUUCUCCUUCAGUCAGGAGAUUGAGUACUGGGGCAUCAACGAGUUUUUCCUGGACACCUGCUGCAGUUACCGAUACCACGACCGGAAGCUGGAGAGCAGCCGACAUCGGCGGUGGGAUGACGAGAGCGAUGCCAGCAGCGUUGACACAUCUGUGGAUGAGAUCUCAGACCUAAACAGGGACAUGCAGCACUUCCAGGAAGUGCGUUACGGAAACAUCCGGAAGUGUCUGUGGCUGACACUGGAGAAUCCUGGAUACUCCAUCCCCAGCAAGAUGUUCAGUCUGAUCUCCAUCAGUGUAGUGCUCACUUCCAUUGCCACCAUGUGCAUCAACAGCAUUCCGGAAUACCAGACCUUUGACUCUGACGGGGCUCUGGUGGAGGACCCGGAGAUGCAGGCUCUGGAGGUUUUUUGCAGCUGCUGGUUCACCUUUGAGGUGAGUUUGCGAAAACCCCAAACCCUCUGGGGCGGGUCGAGUACUCCGCAGCACAGCUACCGUGAGGUCGGAAUUCUGCUGCUCUACCUGGCCGUUGGAGUCUCGGUCUUCUCUGGAAUUGCCUACACUGCGGAGUACGAGGAGGACGUGGGUCUGGACACCAUUCCGGCCUGCUGGUGGUGGGGAACCGUCAGCAUGACAACCGUGGGGUACGGUGAUGUGGUUCCGGUGACGGUUGCGGGAAAACUGGCCGCCAGUGGCUGCAUUCUCGGCGGCACCCUGGUGGUGGCGCUGCCCAUCACCAUUAUCUUCAACAAGUUCUCACACUUUUAUCGACGUCAGAAAGCGCUGGAGGCAUCAGUGAGGAACGACAACUGCAGCAGGAGCAGGAAGCAGGAAGUGGAGGAAGAGGCGUCAGAUGGUGACAGCUGCUUCCUGGACCACGAUGACGAAGAAGAAGAUGGUGACGAUGUCAUGGAGGAGGACGACGGAGGCGUGGUCAACUACAGCUAUGUGAAACAUCCGUCCUUCACUUCGCUGAAGAUGAAGAAGGCGGAGCUAUAGGGACCUUCAGAUACCCGCAGUUUCCAGGGACUCAUCGUGAACAACCGAUGAUCUUCCUUCCAAUUCAAUUCUCCAAAAACACUUCAUACUCCAAAGAAACAGUUCCAACAACUAGGCACGUACCAGGGACAGUCCUACAACAGGCUCUUCACUACUGUUCGCACCUUAUUCUGGAGGAAACUCGGCCGAGAACUGUGUGUGCUCUUCCCUUGAGAGAAAAUAUUAAAUGAAAAAAGUACCGUGUAUGUUCCUUCAGCAAGAACUAGAACCAGAAACUUAUUUAAAAAUUAGGAUAAAUACUACCUUGCAGAUGUGCUGCAGAAAAUAGAGCCAGUACCAGGAACCUGCUGAAUGGGGUACUAUGCAUACCGUAUGAGGAACUGUGUUCUCUUUCCCACUGGAACUAUUACCAUGGAAUAGUACCAGAAACUUUUUCCUCUACCGGAAAAAUUGGGGGAACUAUUUAGACAUAUAAUGCCUAUGAACUAUGAACAACGCUUCGACUGCAUGAACUACUGACAAGACCAAGAAAAAGUACCAGGAACUAUUUGCUCUUUUAGUGCUGCUACU